UGCAACCCCCACUACCCCUGCCACCCCCAGUACUCCUGCAACCCCAGCCAUGACCCCCCCACUUCCACUUCCGCCCAGCUCCAGCUCUGUUAACGGCUACCACAGACCGCCGCCGCCGCCACUGAAGACCUCCGCUCAUGGCCACGGCUCCACUCCUCCACCCAGAUACCCGUCAGAGGGCGUGGCUGGAACAUUCAGACCAGUCCGGGCAGCGCCGCCGCCCCCUCCACCCAAGCCGCAGCAGCAGGCGCAGGGCCAGGUGCAGAAGAGGGAGGAGGUGGAGGUCACGCUGGUGUGAGGGUGGCGCUGUGCUCCCACCCUGCUCCUGCUCCUGCUGCCACAGUCACCAUCACCACCCUAACCCUGCCCCCCGCCACUGAUCUCUCUCACCCCCGGAACUGGCACUCUGGGUCUGUGCAGGCUGGCACUGCCCUCUUGAGUCCAGCUUCCUGGUCUGAGAAGAGAAUGGAGUCAACAGAAGGGCCUCUGUGUGUGUGUGUGUGUGUGUGUGUGUGUGUGUGUGUGUGUGUGUUUGUGUGUGUGUGUG